GGUAUGUACAUCUCUGUUUUCUUUUUUAGUUGGGUUUUUCAGAAUUAAAUAAUAAUAACUGUCCCAUCCCAGUAUACUUUUUUACAUUUCCAAUACACCUUUUUGCGUUCAGACUUCUUCAUGGAAUCUCCCUCUGCUUGAUUCUCUCUUUUUGGUUCUUAUUCCUCACCCUACAUUGUCAUUCCUCCGUUCUGAUUGUUUUCUUUCAUAUCUCAUAAUGUGGCAUUGCUUUUGCUCUUCCCAGCCUUGAGUCAAAAUUUGCAAUUAUGUAUUAAUGAGGAACCUCAGUACCUAAUGUUUGGCUACCAUAUGUGACAUUAGUUAAGAUCUUCCGUCAUAUUUAUGCUUGUUUAGGCAUAAAGACUUUUUACAUGAACCUGAUUUUGCUAGCAAAAUAUUGUUACAAAUUCCAUCCUUUUUUUGAUAUGAAUGUUGUCCAUGAGCAGGUUGAGGAGUUGUAUUCAUUGGAUCUUGACUCCCUUAACAGUCUUAGGCCAGUGUAUGGGUUGAUAUUCCUCUUCAAAUGGCGCCCUGGUGAAAAAGAUGAUAGGGUUGUAAUCAAGGAUCCAAACCCUAACUUGUUUUUUGCCAGCCAGGUUAUAAAUAAUGCUUGUGCCACCCAAGCUAUUCUUUCUAUCCUUAUGAAUUGUCCAGAUGUUGAUAUCGGUCCCGAACUAUCGGCACUGAAAGAAUUUACCAAGAAUUUCCCACCUGAACUAAAAGGUUUGGCUAUAAACAACAGUGAAGCGAUUCGUACUGCUCAUAAUAGUUUUGCAAGACCAGAGCCUUUUGUGCCAGAAGAACAGAGAGCUGCUGGGAAAGAUGAUGAUGUUUAUCAUUUCAUUAGCUAUAUACCUGUUGAUGGUGUGCUUUAUGAGCUUGAUGGAUUGAAGGAAGGGCCUAUUAGCCUUGGGCAGUGCCCCGGGGGACACAAUGACUUGGAGUGGUUACGAAUGGUGACGCCUGUGAUUCAGGAGCGCAUUGAAAGGUACUCUAAGAAUGAAAUUAGGUUCAAUCUAUUGGCAGUCAUAAAGAACCGGAAAGAAUUGUAUACAGCUGAACUGAAGGAGCUUCAGAGGAGAAGGGAACGUAUUCUGCAGCAGCUGGCCACGUUACAAUCAGAGAGACUGGUCGACAACAACAAUGUGGAAGCGCUUAACCAACAACUUUCAGGGAUAAAUGCUGGAAUUGAGGCUGCGACUGAGAAGAUAUUGAUCGAGGAAGAAAAGUUCAAGAAAUGGAGAACAGAGAAUAUCCGUCGCAAACACAACUACAUACCCUUUCUGUUCAACUUUCUGAAGAUUCUCGCAGAAAAGAAGCAGUUGAGACCUCUUAUAGAGAAGGCCAAGCAGAAAUCGACCAAUCCGAAGUGAAAGCUGUAUACUAAUCUUCGCAAAUGAUGAGAGGAAGUUGAAGUGUGAAUUGUUAGAGGUUUUACCAUUUUGCGGAAAAAUGAUGUUCUAACUAAUAUUCUCGGACAGAGGAGUAGCUAGCUACAUGCCAUUUGAAACUUAGCUCCUUUUUUAAAGUCUUUCCUAGAUUUCUCUUAUUCUCUGCUUUAUCCAUUUCAUAUGCAUCAUUUGGGUUUGCGUUCUAUUGUGAUUGUGUAUUUGUGUUGGAUUUCAACGGUGGUGGACUGGUGGGAGUUGGAAUUGGAUUUUCACGUUCUGAUGAUGCGAAACUUCGCCUCGGAAUAGAUAUAUGUUCUCGGGAUUGAAUCGAUAGUUUCAUUUAACAUUUUUAAUUGGAUUGAAAGUUGCAGUUACCAGUUAAGAUCAGCAAUAAAACUUGAAUGACGCUUAAGAUUGUUAAAGAUUAGAAAAAAAAAAACACACACUAAUUAAUAAAAAU